AUGAGCUCUGAACAGCAGCACCAGCAGCAGCCAAAGCAGAAGCUGUAUCUCCUGGACUACGGAGCCGGCAACGUUCGCAGUCUAGUCAACGCCGUCGAGCGGCUGGGCCACCAAAUCGAGUACAUCCAGAGUGCCGAUGACUUUGCCAAAGCAGACAAGAUCAUUUUCCCAGGCGUUGGCGCCUACGGCUACGCCAUGCAGGCGCUCAAGGCGCGCAACUUCGUCGAUCCGCUCCGCGCGUACAUCGCCUCUGGGCGGCCGCUCAUGGGCAUCUGCGUCGGCAUGCAGGUGCUCUUCGAAGGCUCAGACGAGUCUCCCGAAGAGCCCGGCCUGGGAAUCUUCCCUGGUCGCGUCGCACUCUUCAACAACACAACCAAAACUGUGCCGCACAUGGGUUGGAACGCUGCCAACAUUGCGCACGCGCAGAAGGCUGAUCCGCAGCCGGCGGUGGCGGCCGAGGAUCGCUACUACUUUGUGCACUCAUAUGCGGUGCCGUACAUUGGCCAGGAGCAGGCGCAGUUUGUUCACACAGCGACGCGCUACGGUGAUCAGGCGUUUGUCAGCUCUGUGUGGCAGAAGAACGUCUUUUCCACGCAGUUCCACCCGGAAAAGUCCGGCGCCUCUGGGCUCGUACUCCUGCGCUCCUUCAUUGAGCGCGAUCUCGUGCGUAGCGCACCCACUGCAGGGGAUGCAAUGGCGGCGCCAGGGGACGUGGCCGAGGCCCUAAGCGUCCGCGUCAUCGCCUGUCUGGACGUCCGUGCCAACGACAACGGCGACCUUGUGGUGACCAAGGGCGACCAAUACGAUGUGCGCGAAACUACUGGCUCUGGCGAUGUCCGUAACCUCGGUAAACCCGUGGACCUUGCCGCGCGUUACUUUUCCGAAGGCGCAGACGAAAUCACUUUCCUCAAUAUCACCAGCUUCCGCGACUGCCCGUUUGCCGAUACCCCGAUGCUCAAGGUACUGCGCGAGUCGUCGCGCCGCGUCUUUGUGCCAUUGACCAUUGGCGGCGGUGUCCGUGAUAUUGUCGAUCCCGAUGGCUCGCGCGUCUGGCCAGCGGUCGAUGUUGCCGGGGAGUAUUUCCGCUCUGGUGCAGACAAGGUAUCCAUUGGCAGUGACGCCGUGUAUGCCGCCGAGCGGUACUGGCAGCGUUUGGCCGCCGGCCUUCCUGCAUUAGAUGGGUCCACGGCGAUUGAGCAGAUUGCCGCGCGGUAUGGCCGCCAGGCUGUUGUUGUGUCGGUGGAUCCGCGUCGUGUCUACGUGAAAUCGCCCGCAGACGCCCCCACUCACCACGUUAUUGAGGCCGCCACACCUGGCCCCCAGGGUGAGAGCUUCUGCUGGUACCAGUGCACGGUGAAGGGUGGCCGCGAGCCGCGCGACACUGAUGUGCGCCAGCUUGUUGUUGCUUGCCAGGCCCUGGGUGCUGGUGAGAUCCUGCUGAAUUGCAUGGAUAAGGAUGGGACAAACUCUGGGUAUGAUUUGGAGCUCGUCGCUGAUGUUAAGGCUGCUGUGUCUAUCCCGGUUAUUGCAAGCAGCGGUGCUGGCUGCCCGGAGCAUUUUGAAGAGGUCGUGAGGGUGACUAAUGUGGAUGCUGUGCUUGCCGCAGGUAUCUUCCAUCGCCGGGAGGUGCCGAUUGGUGCCGUGAAGCAACACAUGUGUGAGAAGGGAAUUGCUGUGCGAAUCGCUCAGCCAGUAGAAUAA